CUGCGCUCCCAUUCCAUAUAACGUUGUUGUGUUCACACGAGUCUCACCUACUCAGCACGGCUUGAUAUCUAUCAACAACAAUGAGGACAAUGUUAAUCUUCUUUGGAAUGCUUUUCACCCUUUCAAAUGCAGGUAUGUUAUGAUAUUGAUCUAAGAAAAACAUUUACAUUUCUGUAAGAUUGAAUAUUCAGUUUGUCAAUACCUUUCUGACUUAGAAAUUGUAACACACAAAGAAACAAUUGUGUCAGAAUUUGAUCGAACAUAUCCUCAUAAGCCUAUCUUAAACAUUUGAAAAACACAAUGCAGUAGUGUAUCUUUUGAGAUACGUUUUUUUUAAAGCUAUGCUGAUGAUUCAUUAUUCAUAACAUGUGGUUAUUCCUUCUCCAAAUUGUUGCUUUACUCUAGAACUCCAAGUGAGCCUUCUGAAAGAGUCAGAUGGACUUGUAACAGGCAGGUUUUCUGACUCUUUACUUUUGAGUCUGCCUCCAUGUUAUUUGGCAACAAAGAGUGUGACUUUGGAGUACAACAACACUGACACCAACGAGAGCAGUGAGUGUUCGAUUUGGCCUUUUGUCUUCUAAUAUCAAUAUGAUUAUGGGAGGAAUCUUGCAUAACUUUCCAUUCAAUUGCUAAAACCAAUAAUUUUAUUCUGACAAGACAAUGGUAACCAUGGUCAAUUCGAAAUGCUAAACCAGUGAUGUUUUUUUAUUGUGGUCAUUUGUAAUAUUUAUGGUACUGGGGUAUGAAUGUCUCAUUCCACAGAAACUUUGGUCAAUAUAUUCAAAGUGCUCCCCUGUCAGCUCAGAAGGGACAUCCUCUCAACCAUUGAGAAUAAUGGCCAGUUCACUACCAGCAGAAACCUGGGUUAUCAAGUGACAAAUCUCACCACUGGCUCAACAUACAGGUAGAUAGAGCUAUUUUUUAAUUGUCCUGUAUUUAUCUUCUUUUUUUUCUUCAAGAUGUUCGACCACAGUUAAAUAGCCGUUCUAUUUAUUUCCAGGCUUCAGUAUGUGGUAGGGGCAGAGAAGAGCAACAUUCUGGAGGGCUCUACAAGACAAGGUAUUUGAAGACAGUCGUACCCAUUGUCUUUCUAUGUCAUUCUAUUAACCUUUAUAUCUGGAGUCUAUAUUCAUCACCAUCACAUACAGGUUUCUGACUCCAGUUGUAAGUAAACAAAACCUGAUACAUAUUUUUUGUAUGCUCUUUAUUUCAGUCAAAGACCACAACCAAAUAGACUCUGGCCUGCCAGCACGCAGUGGAGCCAUGGUGGUCAUCACCGUCAUACUGUCUGUGUCCAUGUUCAUUUUGCUGGUAGCCCUCAUUGUCACUGUUGCCUAUUCCCUUGGUGGGGAUUAAAACACAUUUCUAAAGUCUGAAUUUCACAUUUAAUAUAGAUUUUAUCUGGAUACAUUUAUACAAUUAUACUUCAUAUGCAAACACGCAUCAGUACUGCACAUUGCUGAAGUACUUCUUUAAUGAUAGCUUUGAACAAUAUUCUAUGAGGUAUCUGUUUCCAGAACUUUCUAGUACAUUUAAAACCUUGAAUUAUAGUGUUUUAUGCAGUUUCAACUGCUGUCUAUCGUUCGCUUAUUUGGAGUAUGACUGAAUUAAAAUGAUUCAGAUUUAACAACAUUCCAACGUUACAUUAUUUUUAAUAGUAACAAACAUCAUUAGUCAGCCUACAUCAACUUCAUAGCAUUGUAAAACGUUUUAUAAAAAUAAACAAACUUUCAUAAAUUCUUAUGAUUUGUCAUAUCCGAGCCCUUGUUCUACUCUACCACCUUGCGAAGUUGUUAGAUUAAUUUGUAUUUUAAGAAUAAUGAUUAAAGGAUUUCACCCCAAAUACAGUAUAAAUGUGUAAACUGUGUUAGAAUUAUAAUGUAGUGUCAACCCAC